UGCCAGUAAAAAAUACUAAUUCUUUGGCGCGUGAUUUACACUCUAUCUUGACUUUCCUUUCCCGCCCCCAUUUGAUUUCUCUGCUUCUUCAAAUUCUGGUUCCUUAAACCCUAAAAUCCGUCCAUGGAGAUUACGGACGAGCAGAGGAAACGUGCCGAAGCGAACCGCCUAGCAGCCUUAGCAAAGCGAAAGGCACUUACUGAAUCCUCCAAUGGACAACAGCAACAACAGAGCCGCCCCUCCACGCUCGCCAAGUGUCCCAAGCUCGCCCAUCAACCACGCGAAUUCGUCCGCACAGACCCAGUUCUUAAUACCCACUUGCCUGGAAAGUUCAGGGUCAGGCUUGAAGUAUGCUCCCCCGACUCAUUCUCGAUCACCCCCCUCAGGCUUGGGGCUUUUGAUUAUCCCGGAGAAGAGGAAUGCUUGCGGCAACUUGCCGAUUGCUUGUCCAAUGUUAUUUCGUCUCACUACACUCAAAAUCAUGGUGGUGGAAAGGCUUGCGUGUAUAAGGUGAGGGAUUAUGGUGCGGUGUUGAAGUGUUUAAAGAGCAGCAAGAAUGUUGAAGUUGAGGAGAUACCUUGGGCAACUUUUAAUGUUGUUGAGAGACUUUCACAUUCGUUGGAGAGAUGGAUACCAUGCAGGCCAGAACACUUUUCUGAUGAAAAGGUUAACGAGUUGAUUGGAAAGCUACCGAAGACACUGUUGGAAGCACUCUUGCCUUUUCAACUUGAUGGUAUUAAAUUUGGGUUGCAGAGGGGAGGUCGGUGUCUCAUUGCAGAUGAAAUGGGACUUGGGAAAACACUGCAGGCUAUUGCAAUUGCUUGCUGUCUUAUGGAUGAAGGUUCUGUUCUUGUUGUUUGCCCAGCUAUUUUGCGUUUUUCAUGGGCAGAAGAAUUGGAACGUUGGGUUCCAUUUCUUUUGCCUGCUGAUAUCCAUCUAGUUUUUGGCCAUCAAAAUAAUCCUGUCCAUUUGAAGAGAUUUCCCAAAGUCGUCGUUAUUUCUUAUACUAUGCUUCAUCGCUUGAGGAAAAGCAUGCUUGAGCGAGAAUGGGCUCUUUUAAUUGUUGAUGAAUCUCACCAUGUACGAUGUACAAAGAAAGCUGAACCAGGAGAGACGAAAUCUGUACUUGACAUGGCAACUAAGGUGAAUCAUGUAGUUCUAUUAUCAGGGACACCGUCUUUGUCAAGGCCAUUCGACAUUUUUCAUCAGAUAAAUAUGCUAUGGCCUGGUAUGUUGGGUAAAAACAAGUUUGAAUUUGGAAAGACAUACUGUGAUGCCAAAUUUAUACGCAGCUUGGAUGGAAAAAUUUUCCAGGAUUUCUCAAAGGGCACUCGUUUGGAGGAGUUGAAUGUGCUACUAAAGCAGACUGUUAUGAUUAGACGUUUGAAGGAGCAUGUCAUGCUUCAGUUACCACCCAAGCGCAGGCAAAUUAUAAGAGUUCUGUUGAAGAGAUCCGACAUAGUUGCAGCAAAGGCUGCGGUUGAGCAGAAGGUGGUUGACGAAAGAAGCAAUCCCCAAGACGUAUCUUUGAAGGAUAUAGAUGAUUCCGAUGAAGGUGGGGAUUGCCAUAGUUCGGGGAAGCUUUCUUAUCAAGAACUUGGUAUUGCAAAGCUGUCUGGGUUUUGUGAAUGGCUUUCCAUUCAUCCACUCAUUGCGGAGUCAGAUGGUGCAACAAACUUGGACUCGAACUCUAGUUCUCAUAAAAUGAUCAUUUUUGCGCAUCAUCAUAAAGUGCUAAAUGGAGUGCAGGAAUUCAUGUGCGAAAAAGGUAUUGGUUUUGUCCGCAUUGAUGGAACCACACUUGCUAGAGAUAGACAGUCAUCUGUGCUGUCUUUUCGAUCUUCAACUGAGGUUAAAAUUGCAAUUAUUGGUAUUACUGCUGGAGGUGUUGGACUGGAUUUUUCAUCAGCACAACAUGUAGUCUUCUUGGAGCUUCCUCAGUCCCCAUCAUUGAUGCUUCAGGCCGAGGAUAGAGCUCACAGGAGGGGGCAAAAAAAUGCAGUCAACAUCUACAUUUUUUGUGCGAAGGAUACACUAGAUGAAUCACAUUGGAGAUAUUUGAACCAGAGUUUGCGCCGUGUUUCAUCUACAACUGAUGGAAAAUAUGACUCAAUACAAGCAAUAGAGGUUGAAGGUGUUUCUUUUUUGGGGACAUGUAAUAUGGAUACCCCCAAAGAUACAGAUCGGCUCUCAGCUUGUACAUUGGAACUUCAUGACAGUGCUAUAGCAAGGGAUACAGAACACUCUGAAGAAUAUAAUGAGUUUGUGGAUAAAACAAGUUCUGAAGAGAAAAGUGAUAUAGAGUUCACUUCAGCCAAAGCUAACAAUUCCCUUGUUGAGGCCAUUGUGACUUCUGGUGUUGAUAUUGACAAGCAUUGUUCAAUUUCAGAGGGAAAGUCAGAAGAGAAAUCUUCUGAAAGUAAAAUUGGUAAAGCUGAUGGAUACUCUUCUAAGUUGGAUGAGGAAAAUAUCUCUCCAUCAAUGGCUAAAGGAAAUGAGCCUGUUGAAGCUGAUGAUUGCAGUUCUGAUGUAGUAAAUUCUUUGCGAUUUGAGGUGAGCCAAUACACUGGUAGGAUCCACUUGUAUUCUUGCAUUUCUGGGACAGAUUCAAGACCAAGACCACUGUUUGAGAAUUUUCGACCUGAGGAACUUGAGCCUUUAGAUUCUCCUGUUGCUAACAAUAGAAGAACUUUAAAUUCUAUCAUGGACAACCCAGUUUGUAGGAAUGCUGUUUUGGAAUUCAGUAAGGAGUGGAAUAAUCUAAGGCCUGUGGAGCGAAAAAAGUUAACUGGAAAACCAUUACAACUUCCUUUGUCAGUAGAACUCUGUUUUUUGAAUGAAAGCAUUAACCACAACACUGGGGGGCUGAUAAAAGUUGGAAGCAAGCGCCGCCAUACACCUUUGUAUGAGAUUAGCCAAGCUCUUCCACCCAAUGCUGUAUGGAAAAAAGUUUAUCUACGUUCUGGCAAUGGAAAAAAGGAGAAAGAAUACACUCAAGGUUGGACGAUGAAUGAGCCACUCUGUAAAUUAUGUCAAGCACCAUGCAAGAGUUGCAAUGCUAAGGAACCUGAAUUUUUUGAGGAUCUUUUCUGUGAUCUUGAAUGCUAUGAAGAAUAUAGAAUAAGAACAAGUAACAGAUCCCUUCGUCAGGAGCUUUUUCAACUAGAGAAUGGUAUUUGUACGAACUGUCAUUUGGACUGUCAUAAACUUGUGGUGUACAUAAGACCUCUAUCCUUGGCAAAGCGAAGAGAGUAUAUUGAGAAAGCUGCACCCAAAAUAGCAAGUCGAGAGAAGUUGCUCGAGAAGCUUAUUAAGGAUCCAACAGAGGGUAAUGCAUGGCAUGCAGACCAUAUUGUUCCUGUGUACCGAGGUGGAGGUGAAUGCAAGCUAGAGAACAUGAGAACACUUUGCAUAGCCUGUCAUUCUGAUGUUACCAAGGCACAAUGUGCUGAACGACGCUUGACAAGGGCAAGGGCUAAGAAGCAGCUCAAAGCUAUCAUGAAUGGUCUUAAAAAUGUUAAGGACAAUGAACAAACAGAAGCAAAUGACCAAGGGAUUUCGAAGAUACAGGGGAAUGUUUUUGAGGAUGAGCUUUUAGUUAAGGUUCCUGGGAGUGCCUACUGUUCAGGAAAUAAUAUGGAUGGUGGAGGUGAAGGGUCAUCAACCAGCAAAGAAAUUUCUGCAUCUACAAACAGUGUAUAGUAUACUCAGCACAUUGUAAUGAGAGAAAAGAAAAAGGAACUACAUAGAGGGUAGGGUCUUUAGUAAAAUAUAAAAUAUCCCAAAGCGUACAUAUGUUUUUUGUAACAACACUCCCUGGUUCAAUUGUAUAGACUAAUUGUUACAGAAUGGAGCUAAUUUAAAGUAGAUUCUGGGGUGUCUGUCAGUCGAAGAAUUUUGUAUGAACUCCUUUGCCAUCAAACAAGAUUGGAUAUCUGGGCUGAGGACUGAGGUGCCAUGGCCCUUGGCUUGAGUGAGAAAGUGUAAUUCAUUAUGGGCUGAUUUCUCAUGGUGUUUCUUUCUUUUAGUAUUGAGGGCUGGAUCUUCUUAAGAUCAACACUGGCUGAUCAUCACUAGAUUCAUUCACUUGUGUGUCCCAUUCAACUCAACAACCAGUUAUCUUACCUAUAAAAUGUCCCAGUGGAACAAAACCGGUUUUCUUGUAUUUGAGUAUUCUUGACAAAUAUCAUCAAAUCUUCAUCA